AUGUGUAUUGGUCCACAAUUCCGCAGUGUUAAAGAUCAAGCCGCAAAUGGCGGUGGCUCCGUGUGGAUGCCGAACCUCGUCGACGCGCAGCGCUCUCCGGCUGUUUCAGAUCCCUCGGCUCCUCUCAGCGCAUCUCACGGCGUGCUGUCCGUCCAGCAGCAGCAGCAGCAACUGCAGCAGCUGCUCGUCACGAUCGGCCAAUCAGCGAACGCCGUGAGCCAAGCCACGAUGCAGUUCGUCAACGCCACGUCGUCCGUCAACCCUACUUCAUUUCCCGCCAGCCACGUCAGCCAUCAGCAGGCUCAGUCCGCAGCUUCCAAUUCCGGCGCGGGCCAGCAGAGCGCAGCAGACGCGGUGGUGAACAUGAUUCUGCGCAAACUCGCCGGCGACGCGUCUGGCUUCGCGAAGCAUCCAGUCGCCAGCGCAGCGGCGGCCAGCCCCGCUUCGUCCAAAUCGGACGUCUCCGUCGAGCCCGCCUCCGCUGCUGCUCCCUCCGCUCCCCUGCUCGACGCCUCGUCCCGCCCCUCGUCCGCCCCCCCUCGCCGUCCGACUCUCCUCUCCGCGCCGGAGCGCGGGCCGUCCGCCGUCGUGCCGUCAUCCGCGGGCUCUGUCCCCGCGGACUCCGGCGUGAGUCUGCAGCAGUUGGUGCCGGGAUCGUCGGAGGAGACGGAGAGCGACGACGACAUGCUGCUGGCGUACCUGUACGCGCAGGGCCACGCGCACGCCACGGUGCCGGAGGUACAUGGGAAGGAGACAAGGGCGGACGGCGCAGUGGGGGAGGUCGAGAAGCAACAGGAGCAGCAGGUGCAGCAGGUGCAGAGGCAGGGGGAGGUGAUGGCAAUGGAUGGAGCAGCGGACAUGUCGCUGCUGCUGCAGCUGCACGAUGAGGUGAUGGCUCUCGAGAAGCUCGUUGCUGCUGGCGCGUCCUCCGCGCCCGCUGCUGCUGCUUCGCCUAGCACCGACCUCAUCGCAGCCCCUACGUCAGCCCUGGCGCCCCUCCCUCCGCGCGCUGUGAACGCGUCCUUCUCCUGUGCUGCUGCGGCGUCGGUUGCAGCUGUCCCUCUCCCCAGGAGCACCUCCCAGCGCCCUGACGCGUUUCUGGAGCAGAUGUCGAGUGCGCCCGCGCGUAUGCUGUUUGGGUUCAGCCCUGUGUAUGACCUCAUGGCGCCUGGCGCUUCCUGGAACGCUCAUGCUGCUGCUGCUGGUGCCGCUGCCAUACCUGCUGCUGGUGAUGCGGCUGGAUGGGACUUGAAGGAGCUGAUUGAUGCGUGGGCGGUCAACCUCGGUGCCUCUGCUGCCUUCUUGGCGUGA